GUCGCAGGCUCGCAACCAUCUAAAGCAAGAUGUCUGAUGAAGAGAAAAAGAGGAGGGCAGCCACUGCCCGUCGGCAGCACCUGAAGAGUGCUAUGCUCCAGCUCGCUGUCACUGAAAUAGAAAAAGAAGCAGCUGCUAAAGAAGUGGAAAAGCAAAACUACUUGGCAGAGCAUUGCCCUCCUCUGUCGCUCCCAGGAUCCAUGCAGGAACUUCAGGAGCUGUGCAAAAAGCUUCAUGCCAAGAUAGAGUCAGUGGAUGAGGAGAGGUAUGACACAGAGGUGAAGCUACAGAAGACUACCAAGGAGCUGGAAGACCUGAGCCAGAAGCUCUUUGACCUGCGGGGCAAGUUCAAGAGGCCACCCCUGCGCAGGGUGCGCAUGUCCGCCGAUGCCAUGCUGCGGGCUCUGCUGGGCUCCAAGCACAAGGUCUGCAUGGACCUCCGAGCCAACCUGAAGCAAGUCAAGAAGGAAGACACCGAGAAGGAGAAGGAUCUCCGCGAUGUUGGGGACUGGAGGAAGAACAUCGAGGAGAAGUCCGGCAUGGAGGGCAGGAAGAAGAUGUUCGAGGCUGGCGAGUCCUAAGCACCUACCUCUCCACAUCCGUCCUCUGCUCCCUCCUG